AUGUCUUCACCUGAUGAUAUUGAUAAUGAAGAAUCUACCUCAACUGAAAUAUCUAAUACUAGUUGCAAGUAUUGUCCACAACAGUGGUUAAGUGGUGAUAUAUCAACUUUCAAGAUGCAUAUUGUGUGUAAUUGUUCUAAAGCUCCAAUAGAAAUAUUAGAAGAAAGUUUUGAACUAAAUCAUGAAGUUUUUAAAGAAAAAGGUAAAAGUGAUAAUACUGAAUCAAAUUCUGAAAAUAUAGUUGGAGAACAGCCAAAUUAUAAUUAUGAUGUAGAUAGUUUGGUUGAUGAGAUUUUUAUUUAA